GAAGCGUCGACUAGUCCCAAUUCAUUACUCACAAAUCGAUCAUCUCGUACUAUUUAGACGUACUAUUACGAGAAUACGAACGCUAUUCAAUAGUCGAGAUUGCUAAGCCGGGUUGGCGAUAAUCGACAAGCAACGAUCGAUUAAACGCUGUGUGGAACGCGAAACACGGGUACCGGGAAGAGUAGGAAGAAGGAGGCAAUAACGUUGUCUUUAUCUUCUUUACCUUUUUCUGCGUUAUGAUGCCGUACGGGCUGUAACAUUCCGCACCCGUAACCCGAGGGCCGAGAUUCGUUUUGGAACAAAUCAAUUAAUAUUUAAAAGCAGAAUUCGCUUGCAAGAAAAUGGAGAGCGAAAUAGAUUGGGUAUGUCAUCCGCAUACGCUUAGAAAACCCUUUCAAGAAGGUCACAAGAAUGGGAUUCUGGGAAGAGAUAGUCUAGACAUACAAUUCUCGACCCGCCAACUUCAGGAAUCCGACCGUGGUAACUGUUCCACCCCCAGUUCUUCUAUUAUGCCGAACAUCGUCCUUCCCUAUCCCACAAAUACAUUCGCCAGACAUCCAUCUUCGAAUUCAUAUUUCCCUCCCAUAUCUCCCACUCGUCCCCGCCCAAAGCCAACUAAGCCUAAGUUAUCGGACAUCCUUCUCCCCCGCCCUACUCUCCGUACUACAACGUCCAUGCCUCUUUUGAAGCCGCCAACAAUGGCUCCAGAAGGAGAUAACGAGAAACAAGGACGAUUAGGGAAGUUGAGAAAGAUGGGUUCGGAUCUGUUGAUGAAAGCAAGAUUGAAGAGGGGCGACAACUGGGCUGAAUGGGAAGUCGUGGAUGCGUCGGAAGGAAGCAUGUCUAACAGACGACGAAGCUCUGUCCAGGUUGACAGAGGGUUGAAGAAUGAGAAGAGGAGCUCAAGAAUUCCAUGGCCGCCUUCACCAUCUUUUGAGUGGAGGGUUGGAGGCGACGAUUCAAACUCGACUUCCGACGGAUCCCAACGUCCGACAUCGUUCCCUUCAUUUGCAUCUUUCCUGGAAAUCCCCGCUGGUACAGGGCUUGAACGCAGCGGCUCUGACACCAAUUCUGGAUCGGGAGAAGGGUCAGGAUUUACCUCUUCCAGGGAAGAAUGGCGAUCGAGUACUAUAGAGCCGUUUAUCUCUUCAUUCCCCUUCCCUCCAACUCCUAUGACAAGGAAACAACUGGUACAGCAGUUCAAUGAAGACCCGCCUCUUCCUGUAGACCAUCCUUUUAAUACCGGGAAAACACCAAAGCUGGCAGGUGCUCCAACAUUACCUCAAGGGGUGCAUUGGAGAGAGGACAUUAUCGGGACUCCGAAGCUGCCCCAUACACCUUCAACCACUCAAUCUCCCCGCUCACUUAUCACGCCCCGUACACCACAAACUCCUCGUAAUCAAAAGCUUCAAUCUCGUCAGGCUACUCUAUCUUUACCCAUCACACCCAGUUCCAGUUUCUCAGAUGGCCCUUCUUUAGAUUCCAACCAGCUUUUAUCAGCACUUUCUGCCGUUCUGUACCUUCGUUCUGUACUCUACACCCAUGCGGCUUCAGCACAAAGUCUUCUUGAAUCACAUGCAGAAGUAUUACCUGGAUUUGUGUAUCGGAGUCUUUCAAGACAGAUUGAUCAGUGGUGGACAAAAUGGCGAAGUGUGUUGAAUAACAUGGGCGCCCAGACCGCAUCCGCUCUCCUUCAUCUCUCUUCUCCACCCCCUCCCCCUCCGUCGCCUUUACCUCUACCAGCAGAUACGAUCAAUUCGCCUAUCCCCUCACCACUCACUCAUGACACACUUCAAAGGCUUAUAUGGUCCUUGGAAGAAGCUGGUCAAGUCCCUUCGUUCACUUUUGCGAGAAUGUUUGGCAAGUCUGCACAAGUGAGACUACGAAAGUUGGAGGAUGAAGAAGUGUGGGAAGCGACGCGGAAAGGGUGGAGAGAGUAUCAGGAUGAUGAGUGGGGCUGUUUGCAGAGAGAAGUAUGGAGGGAGUCCGGCGAUGUUCGCGUCUUUGGACUUGCUGGAAGGAAGGGCAAGAAGGGCAUCAUGUGAUCAUGGCAGCGGUUGAUGGUACCCAUAACAGUUCAAAACUGUUUAUUCAUUUCAAAACAUAGGACAUCGUUCAGGCUUAUCAUUCAUCUAUAGUCUAGAACAAAUCCACCUCGUCCUUUGCAUACCCUCGAACACCCCUCACACGCCCUUCAAAUCCAAACAAGUCACCCUCGUACGCAACCCAAGCCUUCUCAUUCUCUCUCAAAGCGUUGUUGUUCUCGUUGAGUCCUAACAACUCUUCGAGGUUGUUGGACACAAGGGCCAAAGCCGACGAUUUAGAGAAGAUUUCCGGGGAAUUGGCGUAAACCCAUGCAGCGUCGUAUCGCGUGUUGCGCGCUUGCCAUUCUUCAACGAUACCAAGGCCAACUUUCUGUAAGAUGGUCAAGCGUCAGUCAGUUUCAAAAUUAAACAAAAUUGGGAAAGACCGUACGACGCCAUGAGAAACAAGGUAUGAUGGAAGAGUGUGGUUUGAAAGAGGAGGACCAGGAAUUAUGCGACGCUGGUCCCACUCUUCAGGGUAAGAUCUACUGGGGGCGACGAUGACGCCAAUGUCCUCGUCGGCAAGGUCUUGAGCAAUCUAGGUACAUGACUCGUGCCCUCCCAAAAUGGUGAUCUUCACCUUCCUUCCCACUUCCCUCUUCAAUCUCACCAAAGCACUUAUCACAUCGGCAGAAGAAACUUCCACGACCAACCUCAAUUCUCCAUUCGCCACCUUCUUGAAUGCCCGUACCGUUUCAGUGUGGCCUUCGACUUCGCCAAGCAAGAGACGUCGAAGGAUGGCAAUCUUCGAAGAGAUGGAUGUAGGAGUGUUCUCGAGAGAGAGAUGAAGCGCUGCAGAAGGGUUCUGGAUAGCAUGCCGGGCGAGAGGGUGGGGAGCAGAGGGAGAGAAGGAGAAAGAGAGGCCAGAGAUAAGUGAGGUGGAGAUGGGGUAGGCGACGAUGGUAGUUACACCGGAGCUGUAGGCGAGACUAAAACAUUCUUGUCAGAAGGGCGAUGAAUAACUCUUGAAUAAC